UACACAAAUAUAUAAUUCUGUAGAUGUACCGUGCAAUUAAAAUAUAUAAACAUUUACAGUUUAUAUUAAAAGUUUAACUUACGUAAAUUGUGUAUAUAACUUAAUCAUGGAAGCAGCCAUAUUUACUCCAUCUAGAAUUGCGAAUAAAUAAUUGCACAUACAUGUGUUACAUUUACUGUACUUCAAUAUAAGAGCAAACUUAUAAUUAAAUAAUAUUUUUGUGUUUUACAAAUCCGAUUAUGAUGAAAAUACAUACAUGUACUGGAGUCUCAAGAAUCACGAGUACUUAAUCCAACAAACUUCAAUACAUGUAUACAGCAUAUAAAAUUUAGAAUGACACUCUUAAUUGCUAUCUAUUUUAUAGAUGUAAUCUUAUAGUAAUACGUAACAUCUAAACGCGUUAAAAACCUACAAUAAAUAUUGUUGAAAAUAAAAAAUUAUACGUAGACCAAUAGAAUGACAGUGUCAUCUACCGAUAAAUGAAUUUAAUACAUUGGACAAUUACCGCAGAUGACACCACAGAAGGAAAGAUGUCAAACAGUAUGGAGCAAGAUAAACCAGAAAUGUUGGCAGCUAAAGAAAAAGAAGAGGAGGAAAUGAAACGAGAACUACUCGAUAUGAAAAUGUAUGAAUCAUGGUAUACAUACAAAGAAAUGAAACAAAUUUUGGGUUUUAUUAACGAAUCCAAGGAUAUGGCAAAUGUGAAGAUGAAUGAUGAAAAAAAUGCACAAAAAGAAUUAUCACAUACUUCUAAUGAGGGUACCUCAGAACUUAUGCUCAAAUCAAACCUAAUGCAAGAAUUGGAAAUACAGGAAGAUAAUGAUGUACCCAAGUUGAUAAAUUCACAUAAAUCUAACCAUAUUUCACCGAUACAUGGUCAAAUAUCAUCACACAAUCAUGGUAGUCCUGAACAUGCUGGACAUGUAUCAUCAAAUACUGAUUCAAGGAAUUAUCUCUAUAAAAACAAAGCUUUAGACAAUGAUGACAUAUUCGACAGAUUACAUGAUAAUCUAAAUAUGAGAGACACUUAUUCUCACAGUCUAAACAGAUGUGUUUCCUUAAAAGAAAAAAACAUUUUACAGGAUCCUCAUAGUACAAAUAAUACAGAGAUAAAAAUAGAUUCGCAUUCUAACAGUCAGAAAUUGGAACAAUGGCAGAUUAAUCCACUUGAUUCCUGCAUUAGUGAAAACGAUGUGCCUUUACGAGAGCCAGAGCGACCAAUAGUGCAAGAUCGAAUGCCAUUCAAAUUGUGCAAAGAUGCAGAAACAUCAGAAUCACUUGAAAAACUAUUAAUCGCAUUAAAUAUUCAUUUGAAACAAACAGCAGAAUUGUGGCAUAGUUGGCAUCGUACUGCUGAUUCUAAGUUUCAGUGGGGGUCACCCAUUCAGGUGGGAGUUACUAAAAGUAGUUUGGAUACAAAAUCAUUGACAAACAGUAGAACAGAAGAAAACCAAAUGGAAUGUACAGACAGAUAUAACAGUCAACGACCUAAUAAGCGUAAAGCAACUUUGGUUGUUUCUUCUUCUAACGCAACAAAUUCUAGCGACGAAGAUGAAAAAGUAAUUAAGAGAAAGAAGACUUAUGAACCAUCAAACAGAAUAUUACGAUCUUAUAACGAGACACGUGUUACCGCAGGCGAACAAAGUCAAUGCCUCGACGAUGAAAAUAUUAACAAAAACAUUACAAAAACUAAAAAUUUGAAAGUGGAACAUAAAGAACGUCAAUGUUUAUCACCUGAACUACUUCCUUCUUAUUCAAGAAAAAUUACUCCCCCAAAUAUUAGAAAAUAUAUUAAUAAAAAGAAAAAACACAAUAUUAGUCUUCUUGUCAGUACUUUAUCUGCACAUGAUACUACAGAAGAACAAAAUACUACAAAUUUAAACUUUAAACAAAAAGAUAAUAUUCUUACAAAUGAAGAAAUUCUUUUAGAAUUAGAAAAAGAUGAUACUAUAAAUAAUAUUAAAGUAUCUUCAGAAAAUACAGAAAUCAAACCUUUACCAACAAGAGGUCUUUCACAUAGAAUAAAAAAUGAGUGUAUGAUUUUAGAAAGAAUUCAAAUGGAAAAACAGAAGAAGCUGCUAAUUGAAAAGGAAAAAGCUCAAAAAAAAGAGGAUGAAGAGAAACGAAAAAGAGAAGAAUUUUAUAAAAAACAACUGGAAGAUAAAAAACAAAAGGAAAAACAAAAAGAAGAAAAAGAAAAGUCUAGGGAAGACAAGAGUAAAAAGUGGAAAAGUGUAAUUAACGCGAAAUCUCACAAAAAAGUUGGUGAAGAAUGUAGAGAAAAAAUACGUGGGUUACGUGAACAAAAUGAAAAUGAAACAUUAUGUCAGGACAACAUGUUAAUAACUAAAAGAAUGGAUAGUAUGAAGGAUAAUAUAUCAAAUUAUGUAAAUUGUCCCAUUUGUAAUAAAUGUUUCCCAAGUGAUAAAAUAGAAACACAUGCAGCUGGAUGUGAACAAUACAUAACUGAUAAUGAAGAUGAAAAUAAUGCUAAUUUGAUGCAGAAUAGGAUUGUAUCAUUAAAUGCUAACAGUGAAGAAAUUCUUGAAUGUGGUGUAUGUCUAAAAUACAGGACAACUAAUGAUGCAAAUUACGAACAACAUAUUAAUAAUUGCUUGCAGAAACAACACCAAGAGGAAUCGAUUUCUGGUAAAAUCAAUGCAGAUCAAUCUCAACAUGAAAUUCUAUUUCCUGCAAUUGUACCAGGAGGAAUUUAUACAGAUCUGUAUACAGCAAAUAUUAUACCAGAUAAUUUUAUUGGAAAUAAUGACUUGAGCAACCGAUGGGUUGGUAAUCGAUCAGUUACCUAUACUAAAAGAUUUAAUGUAAAUAAAACUUUACUGAGUGCUCCCAAAGUAAUGUUAAUAUUUCAUGGUUUGGAUACAUUCGCCACAAUCUUGAUAAAUGCUCAGGAAAUAGGAAGAACAUCGAAUAUGUUCAUAGAAUAUACAUUCGAUGUGACAAAUUAUCUUAAAAAAGGAGAAAACUUACUUUCAGUUUCUUUUGAUUCUGCUGUUAAGGAAGCUGAAACUUUGUAUAACGCACAAGCCCUGAAGUAUAUUGUUCCUCCAGUAUGUGUACCAAAUACUUAUAAUGGAGAAUGUCACGUUAAUCACAUAAGAAAAAUGCAAGCAAGCUUUUCAUGGGAUUGGGGUCCAGCUUUCCCUUCCAUGGGAAUUUGGAAAAGUGUGGAGCUAAUCCCUAUAAAUGAUAUCUUUAUUAAAUAUAUUACAACAGAUGUUCUUCAAGAAGAAAAUUUUUGGAAUAUCAAUGUGACAAUAUACCUUGAAGUUACAAAACAGCAAAAUAAUUCCUCUUUAUCUUGCCAAAUUUCAUCUGUUCUUCAUGUUAAUGAACAGACAAAUAUUGAUAAUUCUAGUACUAUUAUUUUAAAUGCAAAUAAUUCAUCAAUAGAAACAAUUAUCUCCCUUAAAGUACCUGUGGAACUAAUAGAUAAAUGGUGGCCAAAUGGUUAUGGCAAUCAAACUCUCUACACAUUAACAACAACUGCAGCAACGGAUAAUGUUAUAAAAAAGAAAUCAGUGCGCAUUGGCUUCAGGACAGUAGAACUUGUACAAAAACCUCUUAAACGAGGAUUGAGUUUCUACUUUCAAAUAAAUGGCAUUCCAAUAUUUGCAAAGGGCAGUAAUUACAUUCCAGCUAGUAUUUUUCCGGAAUUAAGCAAUAAAGUGGACACGGUUAAACAUUUAUUAAAAUCAGCGAAAGUAGCAAAUAUGAAUAUGCUUAGAGUUUGGGGUGGUGGUCUGUACGAAUCGGAUUUGUUUUAUAAGUUGGCUGAUGAAUAUGGAAUCAUGAUUUGGCAAGACUUUAUGUUUGCAUGUGGAAUGUAUCCAACUACAGAAAAAUUUCUUGAUUCCGUCAAGGACGAGGUUGUUCAAAAUGUACAGAGAUUAAAAAAUCAUCCUAGCAUUGUCCUCUGGGCUGGUAACAAUGAGAAUGAAGCAGCUUUGUACGGAGACUGGUACGGGACAGGAAUUUCGCGAAUAUAUAAAACUGAUUAUAUUAAGCUUUACGUAGAUUUAAUAAAACAGGAAGUAGAGCAACUGGAUUCUACUCGACCUUUUGUAGUAUCUAGCCCUAGUAAUGGAUUACAUACAGAAAAGUAUAAUUAUAUUGGAGAGAAUCCAUAUUCAAAGUUAUAUGGAGAUGUUCAUUACUAUAACUACUUUAAUAAUGGAUGGGAUAUGCAUCAAUAUCCUCUUACGAGAUUUGCAUCUGAGUAUGGUUUUCAAUCACUACCAUCAAUUUAUACCAUAAUUCCAGUUACAGAAACAAUUGUGGAUUUAAACAUAAAUAGUAAUUUCAUGAAACAUCGUCAACAUUUACCAUUAGGAACACUGUAUAUGAGAGAUCUUAUUUUAAAGAAUUUUAAGAUACCCGAAACUGGAAAUAGAGUAAAAGACUUCUCAAAUUUCAUAUAUUUAAGUCAAAUUAAUCAAGCCGUUUCUAUAAAGAUACAGACGGAAUUUUACCGACAGUCAAUGUCUGAAUUAAAUGAAGUAGGUGAAGGGAUGACAAUGGGGGCAUUAUAUUGGCAAUUAAAUGAUGUUUGGCAAGCUCCAUCAUGGUCUUCUAUAGAUUUCUAUGGACGAUGGAAAAUGCUUCAUUAUUAUGCUGUAGACUUCUUUGCUCCUAUUAUAGUCACAUAUUAUAUUCAAGAGACUAAUUCUCCACUUUAUAUUGUUUCUGAUAAAUUAUAUCCAAUAAUUAAUACUACUCUGGAAGUCAAUUUUUAUACAUGGAAUACCAUGACACCUGUACAAUCAUAUACUUUUCACAAUUUAACUAUAAAAUCAAAUGCAGCAACCAAAAUUGAUAAUAACUUGUUCAAACAAUUCCUAAAUUCCACAUCAGAAACAAAUUAUAUUAUAACACUUACCUUAAGAGAUAAAACUGGAUCACAGAUAGCACCCAGAAAUUAUAUAUAUCCAAGUAAUGGGUUUAAAACUGUUACUCUUCAACCUGUAGAUAUUUCCAUAAAAAUAAAUGAGUUACAUAUACCUGGAGUGCAGUCCAAAUAUCCAACCAUGGAAUUCGAAUUAACAACAAAUAAUACAGCACUUUUCGUAUGGUUGGAAGCAGCUGAUAUUUGUGGCCACUUUUCGGAAAAUGGCUUCCACAUGUUUGAAAGAAGAAAAAAGAUUGUUUUCCAUGCGUGUGAAACGAUUACACCACAAACAAUUAAGGAGAUUUUAAAGAUUACCACACUUUCUGAUAUUUAUAAUCUAAAGAAAUAGAUUGUAUAUUAAUAAAUCCUACUAAAUUUAUUGUUUAAUAUUGCAAUAUAUUAGUACUUAAUGCGAAUUAAUUACAUUUUAUGUGCUCCAUUAUAAAAAAUAUUGAUCACGGUGUAAAUAAAGUUCAAACGCAACAAGAAUUACGAAUAUCGUUAACAUUAUACUAAUUAUCAAGUACCAUGUAUAUAAGCUGAACAUGCUGUGAAUUUAUAAAUUUAUCUCCUAAUUUCAAAAUAAUCUCAUAUUAAAUUUAUUAAUUGUUCUACAGUUACAUUAAAAAUUUGUUUUAAUUAAAAAUAUAAUAUUAAUAAUACUGAAGUUAGGACGUUACACAAAACAUAAAACUAAAGAUAUAUUCAUGCACUUCCUAUCUAAUUUAAUAAAUAUAUACAUAAUAUAUGAAUACAUUUUUGAGUAUACAGUGUGUCCCAAAUUUAAAAAAUUUAAUCUAUAGGCAAAAGAAGAUAGUUUUUCUUUGUUUUCGGCUGUAAAUUAGAGUCUUCACAGUUUGGUUUUUAAGUUUGGGACACCCUCCUGUAUAUAUGUAUUAUAUUAUAGCUAUGUAUGUAUUUAACACAGUUAGACUUGUAACAAAAUGAGUUUCUCUGUUAAAUUGCUCUUCAACUGUAAUUUAAAAAAUCUACAGAUUACUACUUCAGUCAAUUGAUAUAAUAAUAUACUUUAAUAUACUUUUAAUAUACUUUUAAUAUUAAUAAGCGUAAGCUGGACUU